AAGGACACAUGGGCACUGGCGUGGAAGUACCUGCUAUUUCUGCUUCUCACGCUAUCCACGUUAAUCCUGGCUUGCAGCUGCCUGCUGUACUACAUCUUCAAGGUGUCUCAGAUUGACCACUUCUCCUGUGAAUUGCACACUGGUGUUGUCCUGAAUCGGAGCGCGUACCCUCCGGUGCCAUGUAAGCUGGUGUCCGUGGGCGUGUUCCAAGUCUUCAGCUGCAUUAAUGUCUUUGUGUACACGAUCCUCCUCGUGCUUGUAGUGAUCCACGCAACAUGCCCAUGUGCCCGGCAGAGGCAGCAAAGGCAGUUGCUAAAACCAUACGAGCGCCUGCCUGCCUUCGUCUGCGCCCAGGGCCUGUCUGACAGCUCUAGCCGCUUUGAUGAUCUCAGCAUCUACCUGCUGUUCCUAGAGGAGAACCCGAGUGAGCUCAAGAGCUUUAAAUAUGUGCAGCAGUUUCUGAAAAACUCAAAGCAGACCAGCACCAAACAACAUGCCAUGGUUAAAGACAUAGAGAUCACACUGUCACAAGGUGGAUAUUUCUGCCCAGUGUUCGAGUUUCGUAGUUCUUUGCGUCUGAAGAGCUAA